UCCAAUAUUGUGCACAAGUCUGUCUAAAUCUCUGUGGGGGUGAUACUCCAUCCACCUCACAGAUAUGGCAAAUGAAGGUGGCCACAAUAAAAGGCCAGUCUAGCUCGCUGAUGAGACCUGACCUGCAGUGUCCUCUUCAUCCUGCAGGUGUUUAAUGGAGUUAUGGUGUUUAAUAGGUUUUCUUGUGAGACGGUCAAAAUGGAAAGUCUCACUUUACUUCACACGUCAGGACAGUAUUGACUUCAUCCAUCAAAACGUUUAAACACACAAACAGCACAUGGAGCCAGUUAUUAUAUCAUGUUUGUAGGAUAUAAAAAAAAAAAAAAGUUAAGCACUGAUAUUCAUAAAAAAAAAAACUAACAUAGUGAUUAGUAACUGGGAUUAGCUCCGAUUAGCUGUCCGUCAGGACACAGGGUGGUCCCCGACCCCAAUAAAGACCCUUAUUACUGGUACCGACUGCAAUGAACCGGGGUGCUGACACUGGAGCUUCAGGUGGUGCAGGGUCAUCAAACGGCAUCUGGGUUCGUGCAGAUGUUGCAGCAGGCAUGCCCUCAUGACUGAGGGCUCUCUGUGUGGGUUUUUCAAUGCUGCAGUUCACAAUGCUCGCUUGACCAAGGACUUCCUCAGGGAGAACAACAUCACUCUUUUGGACCAUCCCGCAUGUUCCCUUGAUUUAAAUCACAUAUAGUGAACAUUUGGGAUGGAUGGCAAGGGAACUUUAUAAAAAUGGCCAUUAGUUCCAGAUAGUUGAUGCCCUUCAUGAAGCCAUCUUCACCACUUGGAGCAGUGUAGCCAUCUGGAAACACUCGCAUCAAGCACGGCCAAAGCAAUUUUUUAAGUGGUUAACAAGAAUGGUGGAGCUACUCAUUACUGUCCUUCUGAAAAAAAUUUUCUUCUGGUAUGGAGACUUUUUUGUAAUUUUUUGUGCGAUGGUCUUAAACCUUUAAUCAGCGUAUUUCAAUACAUACAUACGUUUGUCACACUAUCCCUUCUUGUUUUGCUUAAUGUUGCUCUACUUAAAAGUUCAUUCAGAUCCAAAUAUGUAAAAGGUAAAUUCUAGCUAUUUUCUGGUCCUAAGAUUUUGAUCAGGUCUAUAGGUUGAACUCAUUGUGCAUUGUGAGGCGUGCGACCCUGUGCCGUAUGAACAGCUGACAUUGCAGAUACCAAAGUCCUUGACUAUAUAAAGGUGGUCUGAUCUGUGAGAGUCGGUGCAACUCUGUGACUAACCUUUAGGCCGUCAGGAUGAACGCCCUCCAUGCUCUGCUUCUCUUGGCUUUAAGCCUCUCUAUUGCUCAGUCUCUGAAUUACAAGGCUCUCAGCCAGUUCAGGAAGAUGAUCCUGUGUGUGAUGCCUGAUAGCUGGCCCGUCCUUGACUACGCCGACUACGGCUGCUACUGUGGAAAGGGUGGCUCGGGUACACCUGUGGAUGAGCUGGAUAGGUGCUGCUACGUGCACGACCGGUGUUACAGUGAAGCCAUGCAGCACCCAGACUGCUGGCCCAUUUUUGACAACCCGUACACUGAGUACUAUCACUACAGCUGUGAUAAGGACAACAAGAAAGUCACCUGUGGCAAUGAAAACGACGAAUGCGAGAUGUUCAUCUGCGAGUGUGACAGGAAGGCUGCAGAGUGCUUUGCCCGGUCGCCAUGGAACCCCGAACAUGAGCAUCUGCCAGGUCACCUGUGCAAUUGAGGACCUCUGCAAACUGAUUCCUCAUCCAUCUAGAAACACAAAUGAUUGGAGGUAGUAGUAGAUUACUGUCACUUCUUUAUGGUGCAUCUUGUUGUUCUGUGUAGUUUACACACAAGCUUUUGCCCCUCACCGAAUCUGGUUUUAUUAAAACUGUCACACAUGCUCAUAAUGGACUAACUUAUUUAAUAAUGUAUUUAAAGCACUAACAUAUAUUAUUUUCACUGUGCACAAAUCUGGCCAUCUUAGUUGAAGCUCAACAUGAAGACUAUUUAUUUAAGAAAACAUUUGACGGUGUGUAUCAUUAGCCAGAUAAUAAAGUUGCAGUUGCAAAACCAAAAAAGGUGUUUUUUUCCCCCCCAUCUAUCUGCUGACUUUCUAUUGAAUAGAACACUCACUGUAAAGUCAACCCUUAAAUGACAUUGGCAAAAACAAUAUUGCAUCUCAUUAGAUACACUUGCACAUGAUCUAUUUUUGUGUCUGGUCCUUCUUGAAGUGGAGAUGGGAAGGAGGUAUAUAUUAAUUAAAACACUAUAACAACACAGCCAUAAAAAAGCCAUACAGUAAUUGUGUCAUGUUUAGCUAUGAUUUGUAUGACCUCAUUAAAAUACAAAAUAACACAUAAACGAGGGAAGUACAAAUCAACAAAAGACUGGAAGGAAUUUCCCUUAUUUUCUGGCAAAUGUUUGACUGGUAUGAAUAAAAAUUAAACUGCUGUGCCCUGCAGUUCCGUCAACCGCAGUAGGGGGCAGCAUUACGCCCUCAAACAGAGAGAACAAAAUCAAAGCACAAACAAGGAAACAUGGUUUAAAAAAUGUACUACAUAAAAAGGUUUGUCACACCUGUACGUUUCUCAAAACUGAGGUCUUGUACCUGAUGUGUGGCCAGUUGGCAUCAAACAAACUCAACAUGAAACAAAUGUUCCACAAAUGUGUGAAAAUAUGUGGUUUCUUUGUUGUAACAAUGCUUCUUCUGCUAAUUCUGCCAAGCCGGUUAUUCUGCUGCUGCUGAGACUCAUAUUUUGAACUUUCAGUACCCUGAGACAUUUGUCAGAAACACCUGCACUGGGCCCUGACGUGUGCGGGAAUGUUCCGCAUUGAGGCCAAAUGCUGCCUAAGGAAGUUGGAUUGCAGGCUCAGAGUGUGGAUAAGACACAAGGUUACUACAAAUUCCUUACACUAGCAAUGAGUUUGGAUUGUACUGCGAUUUUUGGAAAUGGCGUCGGGGGUUCAGGGUUGUGUUUGAGCUUGCUGCUUGUGAGAUGGAUUAUUGUGCCUGUUAAUUGAUAUA